GUGUCUUUCAGCAGCAUGCCUGCAGAGCGAAAGAUCAGCAGUGUGAGUGACUGCAUUGGUGCCAUGGUGGAUGGCUCUGAGCUCAGGAAAGUCCGCUCCAGCUCACGCAUUUACCACCGCUUCUUCUUGCUUGAUGCUGACAUGCAAUCUCUCAGGUGGGAACCAUCAAAAAAGGAGCCUGAGAAGGCUAAAAUUGACAUCAAGUCUAUAAAGGAGGUGCGGACGGGGAAGAACACUGACAUUUUCCGAACUAAUGGGUUAUAUGAACAGAUAUCGGAGGACUGUGCCUUCUCAGUCAUAUAUGGGGAAAGCUAUGAUUCUUUGGAUUUGGUUGCAAACUCAGCAGAUGUGGCAAACAUUUGGGUGACAGGGCUCCGGUACUUGAUAUCCUAUGGGAAACACACUUUAAACAUGAUUGAGACCAGCUGGGACAACCUGCGCUUCUCCUGGCUGUCGGAUCUCUUCUCUGAGGUAGAUGUCAAAGGUAACAAGGAAAUAAGCUUGUGUUCUGCUGUGCAGCUGAUCAAGGACUUUAAUCGUGGACUGAAAAAUGUUAAAAUAGAACUGAAGUUCAAAGAGUUGCGCAAAACUCACAAUAAACCUGGGGGUGAUGUCACCAAGGAUGAAUUUAUUGAGGUUUUUCAUGAUCUUUGCACUAGACCAGAAAUUUACUUUCUUUUAGUUCAGUUCUCGAGCAACAAAGAGUUCCUUGACAUCAAGGACCUGAUGAUGUUUUUGGAGGCUGAACAGGGGAUGGCCCAGGUAAGUGAGGACACCAGUCUGGAGGUCAUCCGGAACUAUGAACCCUCCAAAGAAGGACAACUUAACGGGUGGCUUUCACUUGAUGGCUUCACAAAUUACCUCAUGUCACCCGAGUGCCACAUAUUUGACCCUCAUCAGAAGGUGGUGUGUCAGGACAUGAGCCAGCCACUCUCACACUAUUACAUUAAUUCGUCACACAACACUUACUUGAUAGAGGAUCAGUUCAAGGGUCCCUCUGACAUCACAGGGUAUAUCCGUGCCUUGAAAAUGGGCUGCCGGAGUGUGGAGCUGGAUGUGUGGGAUGGCCCUGACGGUGAGCCAGUGGUGUAUACAGGCCACACUAUGACAUCACAAAUUUCAUUCCGUGGCAUUAUAGAGGCUGUCAAUAAGUACGCCUUCAUUGCAUCAGAGUUCCCAUUGAUCCUUUGCUUAGAAAACCACUGUUCACUAGAGCAGCAAAAGGUCAUGUUCCAACACCUGAAGAAGAUCCUAGGAGAAAAAAUUUACACUGAUCCUUCCAACCCUGAGGAGAGCUAUUUACCUUCCCCCUCUGCUCUUAAAGGUAAAAUUUUGCUAAAGGCUAAGAAGCUGGAUGCAGAUUGCAACAACUCAAUAGGAGAUGUGACCGAUGAAGAUGAAGGAGCAGAAGUGUCCCAGAGGGUGAGAAGUGAAGCAGGGGAGUCACAUAAUAUCACAGCACCCCAAAAGUUCCAGCUAUCCAGGGAUCUCUCUGACUUGGUAACAUUGUGCAAAUCAGUUAGGUUCAAGGACUUCCAAACAAGCUUCCAGAGUCAGAAGUACUGGGAGUUCUGUUCUUUCAAUGAAGUUCUUGCCAGUCGAUGUGCCAAUGACAAUCCUGGGGACUUUGUCAACUACAACAAGAAGUUCCUAGCUCGGGUUUACCCAAGUCCAAUGAGAAUUGACUCCAGCAACAUGAACCCUCAGGACUUCUGGAAAUGUGGCUGUCAGAUUGUGGCUAUGAAUUACCAGACCCCAGGUCUAAUGAUGGAUCUGAACCACGCCUGGUUUCGGCAGAACGGAAACUGUGGGUACGUGCUGCGCCCAGCCAUCAUGAGGGAAGAGGUGUCCUACUUUAGUGGAAACACUAAGGACUCUGUUCCUGGGGUGUCUCCCCAGCUCCUACACCUUAAGAUCAUUAGUGGGCAAAAUUUCCCUAAACCCAAGGGAUCAGGUGCCAAAGGUGAUAUUGUUGACCCAUAUGUUUAUGUGGAGAUUCAUGGAAUUCCAGCUGAUUGUGCAGAGAAAAGGACAAAAACUGUCCGUCAGAAUGGGGACAACCCCAUUUUUGAUGAGAGCUUUGAGUUUCAGAUAAAACUUCCAGAGCUAGCAAUGGUGCGAUUUGUGGUGCUGGAUGAUGACUAUAUCGGGGAUGAAUUUAUAGGACAGUACACCAUCCCGUUUGAGUGCUUGCAGCCUGGUUUUCGGCAUGUGCCCUUACAGUGUCUAACAGGGGAGUCGCUGCCACAUGCAUGGCUGUUCGUCCAUGUAGCCAUCACCAACCGACGGGGUGGGGGCAAGCCUCACAAGCGAGGGCUGUCUGUGCGGAAGGCCAAGCGCAAUCGAGAAUACACCACGAUGAGGUUACUGGUUAUCAAAGCUGUUGACGAAGUCUUCAAGACUGCAACGCAGCCCCUGAAAGAGGCCACCGACCUCCGCGAGAACAUGCAGAAUGCCAUUGUGUCCUUCAAGGAGCUCUGUGGACUGUCUGCAGUGGCCAACUUCAUGCAGUGCAUCCUGGCCCUCUCUUCUUACUUGACCGGAGCAGACAACACCCCUCUUCUGGUUUUCAACCUCAAAGACCAGUACCCCACCAUAGAGCCUCAUAGCUUGCUUCCUGAGGUGCUUAAGAAAGUUGUGGCUGCAUAUGAUGCGAUGAUCCAGACCAGCAGGGCCGUGAUGGAGAAGUCCGAUGCUGUCUGUGAGAGGAUAUUGCAGAUUCAGAGGACUGCAAUGGAGUUCCAUGACAACCUACACAGCCUGGCAGUGAAAGAGGGGCUGAAGGGCCGGAAGCUGCACAAGGCUGUGGAGAGCUUUACCUGGAACAUCACCGUCUUGAAGGGCCAAGCAGAUUUGCUCCGACAUGCCAAGAACGAGGUCUUGGAGAACUUGAAGCAGAUUCAUUACGCUGCACUCAGCAGCAACCUGUACAAAAGCGGUACGGGAGGCGGAGCAGGUGCUGUGGCUGGAGGUGUGACCGGAGGCGUGGCCGGGACGAGGCCCCGUCGUACCAUGGAGACUCUUCCUGAGAAGACGGGGCUACAGGAAGAAGAGAAGAACCUUCCGGACAGAACACUAAGCCCCUGAUGUCCCACAGAGUCUCCAGCAGUGGAAAAGGAGUAAACGCAGUUACUCUGUUGCAAAAGGUAUAAAGUACACUUUGGCGUUCAUAAGAGGUGCAGACUGUAGAAAAGCUAUAAGGUGAUGAAAUACAAGGCAGGAUGCUUACCAUGGUAGUGUAUGAUAGUAUACAUGCGUUUAGUGAAAUGUAGCAGGGCGCCGUGAGAGAAAGCUGUUUACAGUAAUUACCUGA